AUGGCGAUCAUUCCAGGCCAUCCCCAGCCACGAAUGUGCAGCCUUUUGGCAUAUGUCGUUUCUUUGAUGUCGUGCCCCGGUGAAGUCGGCGCGGAGGAAAUGCAGCUUCGGUGCUCGGCAUCGGUGGGCGGGAAAUUCGGCCGUUCUGUGGACAUUUCCUUGUUGUUCGUCGUGGCUCAGCAGUGCUUCCGCGACGCCGGUUUGUCUCCACCGGCAGGGUGCACUGGGUGGGCGCUGGAGCGGCUUCUGCUCGCGGCUGGCUCAUUCGCACGCAUGGCAUCCAGAAGCAGGCGUCUGUCAAAGAUGCGCCCGAACGAUGCCGAACCAUGA